ACAUUGUUUUAAAGCAUAAAUAUGGCGGCGACCGUAAUCGUCUUAGUUUAAAGAGAAAUAAGUCAUUUUUGUGAUUCAUCACUAAACUAUUUACUUUAAAUUUACUAAAAAUAUAGAAAAACAUGGGAAAUGCUGACACAAAAUUAAAUUUUCGAAAAGCAGUUGUACAAUUGACAUCAAAAACGCAGGUGAUUGACGCUUCAGAUGAUAAUUUCUGGGAUCAAUUUUGGUCUGAAAAUGUGACUAAUGUACAAGAUAUUUUUACUUUAAUUCCUGCACCUGAAAUUCGUAUAUUAAGAGAAGAAGCUCCUUCAAAUUUAGCCACAUUAUGUUAUAAAGCAGUGGAGAAAUUGGUGAAAGCAGUUGAUAACAGUUGUAGAACACAAAGAGAACAACAAACUGUUUUAAACUGUUGUCGUUUAUUAACAAGAUUAUUACCUUAUAUUUUUGAGGAUGCUGAUUGGAAGGGAUUCUUCUGGUCUAGUCUACCUGGUAAAGAAGAUGAAGAAAGUGUACCUUUAGCUCAUUCUUUACUUAAUGCUCUCUGUGAUCUCUUAUUUUGUCCUGAUUUUACAGUAGCUGCAAAUAAAAAGUCUGGUCCUGAUAAAGCAGAAGAAUUACAAUCUAUAGAUAGUUGUGAAUAUAUUUGGGAAGCUGGUGUAGGAUUUGCCCAUUCACCUCCUAGAUAUCCAAUUUUAGAUUCAAAUAGAACAGAAUUACUAAAGUUAUUACUAACUUGCUUCAGUGAAACCAUGUACAAUCCUCCUCUGGAUUUAUCAGUUACUCCAAACAAAUGGAUUCAACAUUUAACUAGUUCUGAAAAUAGACAUGCUUUGCCUAUGUUUACAUCAUUACUGAAUACAGUAUGUGCAUAUGAUCCUGUUGGACUUGGAGUGCCAUACAAUCAUUUAUUAUUUACUGAUUCGUUAGAACCAUUAGUUGAUGUUGCAUUACAAAUUCUUAUAGUGACAUUAGAUCAUGAUACUAGUGGUAGUACUCCAUUAGAAGAAGGAAAUAUUGGAGAUAAUUUAUUCAUUAAUUAUUUAAGUCGAAUUCAUCGAGAUGAAGAUUUUCAGUUUGUAUUGAAAGGUAUUACGAGAUUAUUAAAUAAUCCAUUAAUGCAGACAUAUUUACCAAAUUCAACUAAGAAAGUACAUUUUCAUCAAGAAUUAUUGGUAUUUUUUUGGAAAAUGUGUGACUAUAACAAGAAAUUUUUAUAUUAUGUACUAAAAAGUUCAGAUGUUCUUGAAGUAUUAGUACCUAUAUUAUAUCAUUUAAAUGAUUCGCGUGCCGAUCAAUCUCGUGUCGGAUUAAUGCAUAUCGGUGUAUUUAUUUUACUUUUAUUAAGUGGAGAACGUAAUUUCGGUGUUAGAUUGAAUAAACCAUAUACAGCUACAGUACCUAUGGAUAUUCCUGUUUUUACAGGUACUCAUGCUGAUUUGCUAGUCACUGUUUUUCACAAGAUAAUUACAACUGGACACCAAAGAUUACAGCCAUUAUUCGAUUGUUUACUAACAAUUCUAGUCAAUGUAUCUCCAUAUCUUAAAACACUAUCAAUGGUGGCUAGUACUAAGCUAUUACAUUUGCUUGAAGCAUUUAGCACUCCAUGGUUUUUAUUUUCAGCACCUACUAAUCAUCAUUUAGUAUUUUUUCUUUUAGAAAUUUUUAACAAUAUCAUUCAGUAUCAAUUUGAUGGAAAUAGUAACUUGGUUUAUACUAUAAUACGCAAAAGACAAGUUUUUCACGCAUUAGCAAAUUUACCAAGUGAUUGUAAUACAAUUGCAAAGUCUCUUAGUAAAAGACAACGUCGUCAUGUACCUGCUAGUACAUCUAAUGAAAAUGUUAAUGAAACAGCAAUGGAAGGUUCACAUCCUGCACAACCUGCAGAACCUGGAACUUUAAAAGCAACUUUAUUAGAAACCCCAGGUAUUGAAAAAAUGACUGAAAAAGAAUCUGCACAUCCAUUAAGUCCUUCAGUAAAUAUUGAUGUAGGAAAAUCUAAUCAUCAAAACAAUGUAAGCUCUACAGAAGAUUUAAUGAAUUCUACUAAAAACUCUGUUAUACCAAAAGGAGGUAUUAGAGUGGCAGAACACAAUUCUUCUAACAAUAUAAAUCAGUGGGUUCCUUCUAGCGAAUGGGUAUAUCAAUGGAAAACUAAACUUCCAUUACAAACUAUUAUGCGAUUACUUCAAGUUCUUGUACCUCAAGUUGAAAAAAUAUGCAUUGAUAAAGGUCUUACGGAUGAAAGUGAAAUUUUGAAAUUUUUACAACAUGGUACAUUAGUUGGCUUGUUGCCAGUACCGCAUCCUAUUCUUAUUAGAAGAUAUCAAGCAAAUGCAGGAACAACUGCUUGGUUUAGAACAUAUAUGUGGGGCGUUAUAUAUUUAAGAAAUGUUGAACCACCAAUAUGGUAUGAUACUGAUGUAAAGUUAUUUGAAAUCCAAAGAGUCUAAACGCAAUGAAUAUUAAGCAAAUUAUUAUUAACUUUAAUAUCAAAA